AUGGAGAGGCAACAAGCUACCAUAUUCUCGGAACAGUGUUCCAGUCACUUGGCAAAUUCGCCAAGGCCCGAGAAUACUUUAGCGAAAGCUCUCGCUAUCCAAAUAGAAAUUGGCGACAGAUAUGGGGAGGCAGCAAACUACUCCAACCUUGGACAACUGUUCAUAUCGCUUAGCAAAUACGGCAAGGCCCGAGAAUACUUGAAGAAAGCUCUCGCUAUCCAAAUAGACAUUGGCGACAGAAAUGGAGAGGCCACAAGCUACGUGAACCUCGGAGCACUGUUCAUAUCGCUUAGCAAAUACGACAAGGCCCGAGAAUACUUGAAGAAAGCUCUCGCUAUCCAAAUAGACAUUGGCGACAGAAAUGGAGAGGCAACAAGCGACCAGAACCUCGGAACAGUGUUUCAGUCGCUUGGCAAAUACGACAAGGCCCGAGAAUACUUGGAGAAAGCUCUCGCUAUCCAAAUAGAAGUUGGCGACAGAAAUGGAGAGGCCACAAGCUACUCGAACCUCGGAGCACUGUUCGUAUCGCUUAGCAAAUACGACAAGGCCCGAGAAUACCUGGAGAAAGCUCUCGCUAUGCAAAUAGACAUUGGCGACAGAAAUGGAGAGGCCACAAGCUACGUGAACCUCGGAACAGUGUUUCGGUCGCUUGGCAAAUACGACGAGGCCCGAGAAUACUUGAUGAAAGCUCUCGCUAUCCAAAUAGACAUUGGCGACAGAAAUGGAGAGGCCACAAGCUACGUGAACCUCGGAGCACUGUUCGUAUCGCUUAGCAAAUACAACAAGGCCCGAGAAUACUUGAUGAAAGCUCUCGCUAUCCAAAUAGACAUUGGCGACAGAAAUGGAGAGGCCACAAGCUACGUGAACCUCGGAACAGUGUUUCGGUCGCUUGGCAAAUACGACAAGGCCCGAGAAUACUUGGAGAAAGCUCUCGCUAUCCAAAUAGAAAUUGGCAACAGAAAUGGAGAGGCAAAAAGCUACAAUAACCUCAGAGCACUGUUCAUAUCGCUUUACAAAUACGACAAGGCCCGAGAAUACUCGGAGAAAGCUCUGGCUAUCCAAAUAGAAAUUGGCGACAGAAUUGGAGAGGCAGCAAGCUGCGGGAACCUCGGAACACUGUUCAUAUCGCUUGGGAAAUAUUACAAGGCUCAAGAAUACCUGGAUAAAGCUCUUGCUAUCAAAAUAGAAAUUGGCGACAGAAAUGGAGGGCAACAAGCUACCAGAACCUCGGAACAGUGUUUCAGUCGCUUGGCAAAUACGACAAGGCCCGAGAAUACUUGGAGAAAGCUCUCGCUAUGCAAAUAGAAAUUGGCGACAGAAAUGGAGAGGCAACAAGCUACCAUAGCCUCGGAACAGUGUUCCAGUCACUUGGCAAAUUAGACAAGGCCCGAGAAUACUCGGAGAAAGCUCUUGCUAUCCAAAUAGAAAUUGGCAACAGAAAUGGAGAGGCAACAAGCUACCAUAUUCUCGGAACAAUGUUCCAGUCACUUGGCAAAUUCGCCAAGGCCCGAGAAUACUUUAGCGAAAGCUCUCGCUAUCCAAAUAGAAAUUGGCGACAGAAUUGGAGAGGCAGCAAGCUGCGGGAACCUCGGAACACUGUUCAAAUCGCUUGGGAAAUAUUACAAGGCUCAAGAAUACCUGGAGAAAGCUCUUGCUAUCAAAAUAGAAAUUGGCGACAGAAAUGGAGAGGCAACAAUCUACAGGAACCUAGGAACACUGUUCAGAUCGCUUGGCGAAAAUGGCAGGGCUCAAGAAUACCUAGAGAAAGCACUUGCUAUCAAAAUAGAAAUUGGCGACAGAGAUGGAGAGGCAACAGGCUACGGGAACCUUGGAGCGCUGUUUAGAUCGCUUGGCGAAUAUGGCAAGGCCCAAGAAUAUCUGGAGAAAGCUCUCGCUAUCCAAAUAGAAAUUGGCGACAGAAAUGCAGAGGCAACAAGCUACGGAACACUUGGAACAGUGUUCCUAUCGAUCGGCAAAUAUGGCAAGGCCCAUGAGUACCUGGAAAAAGCUCUAGCUAUCCAAACAGAAAUUGGAGACAGAAAUGGAGAGGCAACAAGUUGCGGGUACCUUGGAAUAGUGUUCGAAUUGCUCGGCAAAUAUGAUGGGGCCCGAAAAUACCUAGAGAAAGCACUUACUAUGAAAAUAGAAAUUGGCGACAGAGAAGGAGAAGCAACAAACUACGGGAACCUCGGAAGACUGUUUCAAUUGCUUGGCGAACAUGACAAGGCCCGAGAAUACCUGGAGAAAGCCCUACGUAUUUACAGGGAAUUGGCGGAAGAAAAGGAGAGGCAGACACUUACGGAAACCUUACUUCAUUUUUUCUGUCCCUCGGUCAAUAUCGAAAGGCUGAAGAUUUUCUUGAGAGAGCAGUGGCAAUUUGGAGGGAAAUCGGUGACAGAAGUGGACAAGCAAUACAUUUCGGAAACCUUGGGAGGAUUUCUUGUAAGCGUGGUGAGUACGACAAUGCUCUAGAAUAUCACAAGAAAGCCCUUGAAAUUCACAUGGAAAAUGGUACGAAAGAAGGUGUUGUUGUCGGUUACGCACAUAUAGCAUCGUGUUUCCAAUCGCUCGGUAAAUAUGACAUGGCCGAGGAAUACCUCAAGAGAGCUCUCUCAUUAAGCAGGGAUGUUGGACACAGCUCGCGUGAGUUUCAAUGCCUUCUUGAUCUAACGGUGUUGAAGGUAUCACAAAAUGAUCUUGAAGAAGCCUUUUCGUGUCUUUUCCAAACCAUUCAAAUUUUCGACACGUUGCGAGGAUCUCUAAAAGAAAAUGAUCAGUUUAAAACAUCACUUUUAGAGGAGCACGGCACCUUUCCAUACAAGUUGCUCAGUAGCUUACUUUCUUCCAAGGCAAAGCCACACCACGCCCUCUAUGUCGAGGAGUUGAGACGGGCGAGGGGCUUGGCCGACUUGAUGGGGGCUCGCUACUCUGUUGUAAAGCAGAUCUCAGGCGAUCCAAAAUCAUGGUAUGGGAUUCAAAACAUUGUCGCAAAGGAAGCUGACUGCGCAUGCCUCUACAUUUCGGUUGGAGAAAAGCAUAUGCACUAUUGGAUUCUCAAAGCAACAGGGGCUAUCAUUUUUAAAGAUGAAGAAGUGAGCCUGGACAAAAAUGUGGUGACCGGAUUAGUCCCUAACUUGGAUGAGUUUUUUACGAAAAGCUUUCGUGGCCUUGGCAUUUUACCCGAACAGAAUUGCGAAGAUCGAUCUCUAGAUGACACCGAAUCGAUGUCACUUUACCAUGAAAAUCACGCGCUCCUGCGCGAUUGUGAUGACAAAGGUAUCAAGACAAAUCUUCAAUUGUGUCACAAGAUAAUCAUCGCUCCUGUGGCCGCUUUACUGAAGGAGCCCGAAAUUAUCAUUGUCCCUGAUUCCUGUAUGUACCAGGUACCAUUUGCGGCUUUAACUGACGAUGGAAGAAACUUUGUAUCGGAGACAUUCAGGUUACGCAUCGUUCCCUCUUUGACGACUCUCAAACUUAUUCAGGACAGUCCCCCAUACUAUCACAGUCAAACAGGUGCACUGAUAGUCGGUGACCCUCAGGUUGGAGAGGUGAUUUACAAGGGAAGACGCAAGAAUAUAACACGAUUGCCAUGUGCAAGAAAGGAAGCAGAGAUGAUUGGAAGCCUUCUUGGCGUGACACCUUUGAUUGGAGAUCGCGCGACAAAGCAGGCUGUACUUCAAGCAAUACAUUCAGUGAGUCUGAUCCAUUUAGCUGCCCAUGGUGAUGCUGAAAGAGGAGAGAUUGUCCUUUCUCCUGAGUGUCCCGCUGAUUAUGUUCCACGAGAAGAAGCCUUCCUCUUGACGAUGGAGGACAUUUCACGAAUUAAGCUGCGAGCUAAACUGGUUGUGCUUAGCUGUUGUCACAGUGCACGCGGACAGAUUAAAGCCGAGGGAGUUAUUGGAAUCGCUCGAGCGUUCUUAGGAUCCGGUGCUCGCUCAGUGUUAGCGGCACGGUGGGCCAUAGAUGACACAGCCACAGAGAAGUUCAUGACUUGUUUCUAUGAGCACUUGUUCCGCGGUGAAAGCGCCAGUGAAUCUCUUCACGAGGCCAGGAAAUGGAUGAGAAACAAUGGCUUUGUGGAGGUCUCUAAGUGGGCUUCUUUUAUGCUGAUUGGCGACAACGUGACGUUUGAUUUUGCAAAUUGGCCUGUGUCUACUACAACCAAAUAG